AUGGGUAUCACUGAAAAAAUAGACGAGAUCGUCAAGGAAAUGCAAGUCCACCUCUUACGCACAUGCAGUGCAGUGGGUGGUGUGCUGUCGAGCUAACCCCCGCGCUGAGUUGGAUUGUGAUGCAGGGCGAGGACGCAGAAGAACAAGGUAUGAUGCUCACUUGAUGCUCACUUGAGAAUGAAGCCCAACAAAGCUUGAUCCUGAUCACCUCUCCCUCCCGCUUUAGGCCACCGAAGGACAUCUCGGAUCGCUCGUGAGCACGGACCGAUUCCCCAGCAAGCAACCCUCGACGAAACAAAGCCUCCUUCAACUGACCCGACCCAACCACCCGACCCAACCAACGCCCAGAAAGCCAAACUAGCGCGCUACCGAGCCGAACUGCUCGAACCGGCCAAAACGGGCAAAGCAGGCGACGGGUUCGACGUCUCCAAAGCCGGCUACGGCCGAGUCGCCUUGAUCGGCUUCCCUUCGGUCGGUAAAUCGACCUUGUUGAACAAGUUGACCGGCACCCAGUCCGAGGCCGCUUCGUACGAGUUUACCACCUUGGUCGCUAUUCCUGGGUGAGCAUUCACAAAACGAGGGAGCGAUCGAGAGCAAGUGGGGGAGAGGUUCACUUUCGAGGCUGAUUCUUCUCCGAUUCUUUGCUCUGCGUGCUCAGUGUGCUCGAUAUCGACGGAGCCAAAGUUCAACGUGAGCUCCCCCCCAUCGUAGCAUCUUUCUUUGAUCGUCAAACUGAUGUGAUGAUCUGGACGUCUUGGCAUCGCACUACAGUGCUCGACUUGCCCGGAAUCGUCGAAGGAGCAGCGAGUGGCAAAGGUCGAGGAAGGCAGGUCAUCGCCGCCGCAAAGGUGCGUCAACUCUUUUUCGACCUAGUCCCUGCGCAAGCACCUGCUAACGGUUUCGCUCUUUCGAUCGUGCAGAGCGCCGAUUUGGUUCUGGUCAGUCUUGACUUUGAAAAGGUCACCUUUUGAUGUUUUCUAACCAGAUCCCACUUGCUCACUGCCUUGUCGAUUCGUACCGGCAAACAGAUGAUGCUUGAUGCCACAAAGUAACUCUACCUCGUGGGGUGUAAGUGGUAAACCCAGCGCUGACAUGUUCGGCUCCACUUCAACAGAGCUGCAAAUCAACGGCGGCUGCUGGAGAUCGAGCUCGAGGCAGUCGGGAUGAGGUUGAACCGCAAGAAGCCUGAUGUGGUCGUCCGGAUAAAGGUGAGGACCAUCGUGCCGAAAGUUGUCUUGCGGGGACUAGUGCUCAUUCAUGACCCAUGUUCGCAUCGUCUCACAGGCCGCUGGAGGUGUGACGAUCACGCAUACCGUACCUUUGACAAGAACGGACGAGCGCGCGAUCAAAGGUGUGAUGAGUGCCUACAAAGUAUGCCUCACUUUCCCCCUUUCGUAUCACCGGCGCGAUUAGAUGCUGAUGUUGACUAUUUUUUGACGACGUCAGUUGCACAAUGCCGAUAUCAUGAUUCGAGAAGAUGUCAGUAGCUCGGACCUCGAUCCUGGCACUGGCUCAAGAGACUAAAGACCCCUCCACUUGAUGACAGAUCACGACCGAUGACCUCAUCGACGUCAUCCUCGGCACACGCAAAUAUGUCCCCUGCCUCUACUGCUACAACAAGAUCGACGCCGUCUCGCUUGAAGAAGUGGACCGCAUCGCUCGGGAACCCAAUACGGUCGUCAUCUCGUGUGAACUCGACCUCAACCUCGAUACGUUGUUGAUGAGGAUUUGGGAAUUGAUUGGGUUGAACAGGGUCUAUACGAAGAAGAGGGGUGCUUUACCUGAUUUGGGAGAUCCUUUGAUCGUCAAGAUGGAUGCGGAUAUCGAGGGAGUCGUGAGUGAUGGGUGAUCGGGCCGAGGAGUUGCCAACGCGCUGAUCUCUCUUCCACGCUCAGUGCAACGCGAUCCACAAGAACAUUGCAUCAAAGUUCAAAUACGCACUAGGUCCGUUCUUUUCUACUCCACUAUUCUUGAUCGCUCAGAUCACUGAAACGUCAUAUUCUUCGCAGUCUGGGGCAAGAGUUCAAAGUUCGCGCCGAAACCACAGAGGGUCGGUUUGACGCACCGGAUCGCACCGGACGAUGUGGUAUCUUUGGUCACGAACGUGUAG